AAGAUGGCCUUCACGUGCAACGCAUGGUGAUGAACAAGGGUCGGCUGUUGUUGUUAUCGGUUGCUUCGGCGCAUUUGGCUGAUGGAUGAAAAUCGCUGAGUAGAAUUUGACUUAGUCAGAUUAUGUUGUAGGGUGUGAAACUUUCUCUCCUGUAAAGCAUCUAUAGUGCACACAAUGUGCCUGCAGCCGCGGCUGCAGUCUCUUACUACACAUCUCCACCGGCGGAAUAAGAAGAGUUGUGUCUCUCACGCCCACUCCGGAGCGGAGCGGCGUCUCAGCACGCGGCCGCCGCUGUCAACAGAACGGCGAAGAAACGACGACCAUUAACGGACGUCUCGUGAGAGUGGAGCAGGGUGAAAUAUGUUUGGCUUUCACAAGCCGAAGAUGUACAGGAGUUUGGACGGCUGCUGCAUCUGCCGUGCAAAGUCCUCAAGCUCUCGUUUCACGGACAGCAAGCGGUAUGAGAAAGAGUUCAGGAGCUGUUUCGGAUUGAGUGAAACGCGAUCCGGAGAAAUCUGCAACGCCUGUGUGCUCCUGGUGAAACGAUGGAAAAAGUUGCCUGUGGGAACCAAGAAGAACUGGAACCACGUGGUGGAUGCAAGGGGAGGUCCCAGCUUAAAGAUCACUUCCAGGCCCAAGAAAAUAAAGUCCAUCUCUAAGAAAGCACGGCCGAGCCAGAUCCGCAGACUGCAGAAAGAGCUCAAAAGAAACAAUUCAGACGCUCACAGCACCACCUCCAGUGCAUCUCCGGCUCAGUCUCCCAGCUACAGCAACCUGUCGGACGACGGCUCUGAUAGUGAGCUCAGCCCAGGGUCCAGCCGCUCCCCGGUCUUCUCCUUCCUGGACCUCACCUACUGGAAGAGGCAAAAAGUGUGCUGUGGAAUCAUCUACAAGGGGCGCUUUGGGGAGGUGCUCAUCGACCCACAUUUGUUCAAACCGUGCUGCCGCAACAAGCAGCGACAGCAGCAGCAGCAGCAACAACAACAAGAGGAGGAGGAGGAAGAUGAUGAGGAAGAGGAUGAGGAGGAAGAUGUGGAGGUGGAGGAAGGCCAGGUGGUGACGGAUGUCAGCGGGCAAAAAUCCCAGACGGAAGAGGAAGUGAAGGAGACACCGACAUGUGAGGAAAACGCAGAGCCUGCUCAGCUGUGCGUUACCAUGGAAACUCCUCCAACUAGGGCCGUGGUGGUGGCGGAGGCAGGGUGGUAAAGUCAGCCUCGCCUCCCCUUAACGCAUCUCUGAAGACAUCUUGGGGUGCUACUUUUCUCCCAAGCACUUACAGAAAGAAGUUGCCUCAGAUCGCCUUCAGUCAUAAAGCAGCUGAAAAUCCUUUGGUCUUCUCCACAAUAAUGUUGGAGGUUUGUUUAUUAUGUUUAAACGGUAACUUAUGGACGGUUGUGUUUUAACUUUGUUUUUCUAUUUAAUAUUCUUACCAUUCUGAUGGUGGACCAUCAUAUGUGGUGUUUUUGAUCUUCUUUAGAUGAAAUGCUGGAGCUCUAGUUUGCUGGUACAUUUAAAAGAGUUUAUUCCAAAACGCAAUAGAUCCACUUGCUCAUAGAAAAGGGUGCUUCUUGAUAUUCAUCACUCAACAUUUGAAACACACAGCCGAACUCAUUCUCAUUGGGGAUAUUUUAUAAGCAUAUAUGUCUGGAUUACUAAUAUGAUGGUAUUAGAUGUCCUUUCUUUGCUCGGAGUAGAUGGCUCUUUUUUAAAGUAAAAUGGUGGAUAUCUCGUUUUGGAAUGAAUGACACUUUACACUGACAGAGCACAGACCUGUACAGUAGCCCCUGUGUUUGUCUCCAUUCACAUUGACGUCCUCUCCUAUCAGAGCAUUUGUAGACUGGAUUAGUGUCUCUAUGUCCAAAUACGUAUGUGGUCCCAUUGAAAUAAGGCCUAUUCACAGCUUCAACAGCAAAUACACCAGCCUUAAUUAUGUGUUACAGACAGUGCUAGUUUUAAUUCUGGAUUGGUUUUAAGGAACAAAAAGGGAACUUAGGUAUAUUUAUGGUGGCCUGAGCGACACAUAGUGCAUUUUGCAUGAAUGGCAAGCCACUCAUCCAAAAGACCUAAUGUUCUGAUGCAUGAGUCUACUGAAAUUGCAUGGCCUUAUAUGAACUGUAAAUCUUACUUUUAUUUUUUGGAUCCAUUUUUCUGGAGUUUUAACUUAUUUUUAUAUGUAAAACACUUUAAAAAAGGAAAAAUAAAACUCUCUUUGCAUAAUAAUAAUACCACAAAAUACGACAGCAAAAACAAACAAUCGGUCUAUAAUAACUCAGCAAUAUCAAUAUCAGUGUUUUUCCUCAUUCCUGGGUCAGUAUAUAGUAAAAUACUUUAUACAAGCUGAAAUUCUAUGCCAUUGCCUCUUAUAUACCACAAAUGUGUUGUGAUAUAUAGCCUAAUAUUACUUUAUUUAUCGAAUGAAAGCCAAAGCACAUUGAAAUUCACCCAAUGUUAAAUCAAUGCAGGUUUUCUAUGGACACUUGUGCUUGUCCAAGGUCAUUUGUAUGUAUGUUUAUUCUACAAACGAACACUAAUAUGAAAUUUCAUACAUUUGAUGUUGUAGUUGGUAGCAGAGGGUGUGUUGUGUACAUAGGGGGUUGGGUGAGCCACAUGGCUCCAAUAUGGGUUUAGUUAUUUAUUUAUUUCAUAUUUAUUUGUAUCACUGCGUCCCUGCUUAGAAGUGUAAUACUAUGAAUUCUUCUCAUCUUUAGCUUAUGCGUAGCAUGGUUUUUGUUCAUCAGAAAUCGAAAGAAAUUCUCCAGCUGGCUUUGUUUAAACGCUGCAUUGAAUUACCAGUUGUUAAUAUUUGUGAAAUGAUGUUAAGUAUUUAUUUACUCAUCAGUUGAGUUGCGUGCAGCCUAACUUAUUCUGUAUCAUCAUUUUGGAUCUGUAUCAUAUAGACUAAAACGAAUGUUAGAUUGCAACCAAACUGUACCUUUCCUCUGUUUAGCCUGUAGCUUAAAAUGUAAAAGAACAGUAGGAUACCUAACUGUAGAUUUGCAUGUACUGUUGCUAUGCAUUUACUUAGCUCACCAGUUAGACAAAGCAGUUUUGUAUUUUUUUAUACAUCAUGUACUUUUUUUACUCGUCCCUUAAUAAAAGCAAUUUUGUGCGUUUUCUGGA